CACGCCCAUGGUCCUCUGCUAGGGAGAUUGGUGGGUAAACAGCUAGGUAAAUAAGUGGAUUUUAAAUAAUUACAAUUCAAUGUUGACUUUGUGUCCUUUGAACAACGGUGUAUCACUGUCCCAUCUACACGUGCCACUUUAUCGUCUACGGAUAUAAUUGGGCCUCUGAGGUCUGUUUGAUGACAAUGACCAAAAGAAAGGGACAGACAACAGACAUCAAGGCUCCCCAGAAAAGAUCGCUGAGGUCCAGGAAGCGCGAGGCUGCGGAGGAAGAUGACCCGCUCACUGAGCAGAGAGAACAGAUACCAGUGACGGAGACCAGUACACAGGAUUCUGACAAAAUAAACUCCACUUCCCAAAAUGCCUCAGUCUCAGAGCUCACUCUACAGGAACACACAGGUUCCUCAGACAGCAUAGGGAACAUUGAUUCAUCUAAGCCUGAAUUAAAAGAAACGGGAGAUACCAUUACCCAGUGUGGUGGGGGUGCACACCUAGUCUCUACCAAGGGGAGCCAGUCAACUCACUCCACCGACUCUGCUGAACCUCCCUCUAACCAAACUAAGACGUCCCACCAGACCAGCUCUCUCUGUGCCCCCGAACCAUCACUGGAUGGGGAGGCCGUACUCGGAGGCCAUGCUCCCACUGUGGGUGGCGAGGUGGUGUCAGAGUCCCGGCACCACCACUCACAGGAACACGGGGGGGAGGCCACGGACGUGCCCGGGGAGGAGAGACCUUGGUCGUCACAGGGGGCGGACGGGGGACACCCAACCCACGCUCCGGCGAGGAAGAAAGUGAGGAGGAGGAUGGGGAUGGGCAGGCUAGUGGAGAGGGAGAAGAAGAACCCUCUGGACGGACAGAACUCCGGAGGUCGCGCAAUCAGACGCUCCAUUGGAGGAGAGCUCUAA